CGGUGACCGGCCCUCACCGGUAACCCUCCGUGUGGGGAACGAGGACGCGGCCGGCGCCGUCAAUGGUGCUGUCAAUGGUGGCACUGUACCCAGGGCCAGUCUCACCCCUGGUGAGGGCCCCGCUGCUGCUGAUACUGCCGUUGCCAGCUCCGGACAGCGCAGCGAUAGGCCAUCCGCGUCGUCCCACGGGCUCCCCAGCAGUCACAGCACCCGCGUGUCGCGCAUGGUCCUGUCCGCCAACGGCGUCUCCAGCUACCAUGGCCGCACCAGCGCUCUGUUCGAGGAGCCUAGCCACGACAGAUCCGGCACCGAAGCACCAAGACUACGCUUGCCCGGUGAGUGGAUCGAGAAAGGCCUUGUUGCCGAUGCGGCUCGCCAGCGCCAACUGGAAGAUGUAAACUUUCGCGCCGGCAGACUCGACUUUGACGGUGUCGAUCCCGACCUGGGCUUCCACCUAUUGUCUCUGCACUGGAACCGCCAACACCAUUCCUUCCUGAUAACAUACCGACCCGCCUUCAUGCGGGACAUGGCCUGUAAUGGCCCCUACUUCUCCAAGCUGCUACUUAACGCCAUCUACUUUGGUGCAUCAAAGUUCAGCCCGCGCACCGAGGUUCGAAGGGACCCCAACGAUGUGCGGACAGCAGGCUGGAGGUUUCGCCAGCGCGUGCGCGAGCUCCUUGGCGAAUCGCUUGACCGUAGCGACAUCACCACCAUUCAGGCCCUGCUGGUCAUGACUAACUCGCUCUUCGCCCUGGGAGACGAGAGGAGUGCGGCUUGGCUCUACUCGGGAAUCGCCUUUCGCAUGACGGUCGAUCUCGGCAUGCAUGUUGACCAUCCGGACCUACCUGGGAACCGCCGCUUUACCGACGAGGACCUCGAGAUUCGCCGGCGCGUCUUUUGGGGGGCUUUUGUUGUGGACAAGAUCCAGAGCCUGUACCAAGGCAGGCCAGUAACAAUCAAGGAAUCCGACACCUUGGUUCCGAUCAAGUUUCUUGACACAUACGAGGAGUUGGAGCCUUGGGAGCCGUUUGCGUACUCGACCCAGUCCGACCUUUACUCUGGGUCGCCCGCGUACAGCGUCUCUGCCUUUACUGCACUAUGCCGGCUUUCCAUCGUUAUGAGCGACAUCCUGAGCUCCAUAUAUACGGAGCGCAGCUUUGAUCAGCCCUCGGAAGAUCUCCUCAAGGUGCAGGACCAGCUUCACACGAAACUAAUUACUUGGCGAAACUCUCUUCCCGCUCAUCUAGUCUUUGACCCAACCAAGCGCGACUCCAGCAUCCCACCGCCCCAAGUCCUCAGUCUGCUCGCAAUGUAUCACGUGUUUCUGAUUCUACUGCACCGGCCAUUUGUGGCAGACGGACAUCUUUUUAGCGUCUCACGCUCCACCUCUGUCAACGCCUUGAUGACAUGCACAGCGGCAGCUACCGAGAUCGUCCAUCUUAUCCGAGCCUAUCAUCGCACCUUUUCGGUGCGUAGGGCCCCGUACUUGAUAUCGUAUGCGACCUACGUUGCGGCAACCAUACAUGUGCGCAUCGCCUCCAGGCGAACACCCCAGUCCGACGCCUACAGCAGCCUUGAGACGUGCCUGGCCGUGUUCCACGAGAACCAGGAAACCAACUGGGCUGCUAGGAGGGCCACGGCCAUUGUCCAGAAUCUGAUGCACAGGUUCGGGGUCGUGCUGCCCGAGGGCCGACAGCCUGUGAUAGACCCCGUUGGCUCCAGCAGCCGGAAUGCCGAUUGUGGUGGCCAGAAUGUGGCGUCCAAUGGUGCCGACACGGGGGCCCUGACGUUACAAAACCGUCUUCGCGAGGGCCGGACGCCUUCGGAGACCGAGGGCUUUGACGUGGAUGGCAUCAUACAAAGCUUUCUGAGGGCUCAGGACGGCACCGGACCCGAUGAGGGGCUUCCUGUGGGCUCCAAUUCUCUGGACCCCCAACAUGCGAGCGAUCCGCAUUCGGCCUUGAUGGGAGCGGCAACUCCAGGUGGCCACCACGGGAGCGACGGUGUCCAGGGCCACCACAACCAUCAGUCGCAGCAGCACGCCCAGUCGGAUCUCGCGAGCCGCACCCUAUUACCCCACGGGGUGUCUGCAGGGCCCUUUUUGCCAGGAGCGGAUGGCGGCUGGCAGCAAGGGGGCAUGGCCGACGGCGCUCUGUCUGUGGGCUUGGUGGACGAUCUCCUCUUUGGCUUCCAUGGCUCGGCGCUCGAUGGAUAUACCACGUGGCAAUGGGAUGGAUCCUAAGGUAAUGCAAUGGAUUUUGCUGUCUGUCUUGUUCCUCCAGUAUUGCUGUCACCUCGUGUGCAUGUGCCUCGCGGGAUCUUCCCCACACAAUUUCAGGGGUAAGGAUGCGGGGAUGCCACAAUCGCGGGCCUUGUUGGUUUUCCGCGGGAUCUUAAAUCCGCGUGGGUCACUAUAUCGACCAAAGCCUUCCCGCGGAACCACAACGGGUUGCUACCGCAUCACUCUGCUCCACCAAGCACGCC